UAAAAGUCGAAAUUAAACGCAGUUGAAAGAAGUCAGUGCUUCUUCUUUUCGCGUGUGCUUGGCUGUGCUUGUGUGUUUCCCAUUCUUUUUCAAUCCUGGUACCGGUGCUGUGUACCUGAAACGCCGAAGGGAAUCGAUGGAUCAUCGCUGAGGGUCGCUUCGAGGAAUUCGCGGAGAACUAGCCAGAAAUGAAGACCACACAACGCGCACUGAGCUUCGACGAGACAUCGAUGGACAGCUGCCCACUGGCGGCCAUCACCGAGGCGAGAGGAAACGAUCUUGCCAAGGAUGGGAACGAAGUGGAGGUGACGUCUCUGGAGGAGGCUAAAACGGUGAUAGCUGCUCUACGAGCGAGACAGAGGGCACAGGCUCAUCAGAUGCUUGCCUGGCGGAGGACCCUGAAGUUGCAGGAGGACCUGGUGGCACGGUUGACGAGGGAGAAGGCUGAACAGCUACGAACAUUGUCCUCGCAGCUGCUCCUCUUCGAGUCGAGACUCUGUCGGAAGCAGAAAGAGAUCGAGGCUAGUCUGGCGCAACGAGAAUCGAUUAUUCUCAGACAGCAGAGGGUUAUUCGACAGUUGCAGAGCAGAUUGGCGGAAAGAAGCACGGGUACGAGGGAUUCGCCACCCUGCGAUGCUCUCGAUAGAUUGGACAGCCUUGGCGACAGCGACAGCGCUGUCGUUCUCGAGGAAGCAGCCGAUGAUCUUGCACCACCUAGAUUCCGCUCGAACAUCACCGACGUGACGGUGAUCCGAUCAGUGUCGGACGCGGUCGAGCCAUCGAGCAAGUACUCGUCUAUGCGACGGUGCAACGGUUUCCUCAGGCGGCCGGAGAUCCUGGAGACGGUUUAUUCCGUGGAGGAGGAUGGAGACAGCGAGAACAAUCAGGACCCGUCCGAAUCCACGGAGAAUUCCGAGUGCGAGGAGAGACGAGCGAAAAACUUGGGGAACGGAAAAGGCAGGCUUCAGGAUUUGUACGGCAGCUUCGAGAGACUCGCUCAAGAGGCGGAUUCACCGCCAAGCGAGAGACCUCGGGACGAAAGUCAGCAAGCGCAAGUCACGUACAACAGGGUAAUGAGCAAUCACCGAUCGGUAACGAAGCCAAAAGACGUGAAAUACAAGAGGAUAAACAAGGCGAAAUCGAAGAGUCUGGAAGAAUUGAGGGGACGACUGCGAAAUUGGGUGGAGAAGGGGAACAAAAUUGCUAUAUCGUUGGAUCAAUCUUACGCCUGA